CGGGCCAGGCGGGUCCGCUCCGUCCGCACGGUCCCUGCGUCCCCGCUAUGGGCGCCCGCCCGUCGUCCUCGCCGCAGCCCGCGCUGCUCUUGCUGCUGCUGCUGCUGCCGCCAGUGGUCCGCUCCUCGGAGGCCGAGCACCGCCUGUUUGAGCACCUGUUCCAGGACUACAACGAAAUCAUCCGGCCCGUGGCUAACGUGUCCAACCCGGUCAUCAUCCAGUUCGAGGUGUCCAUGUCUCAACUGGUGAAGGUGGAUGAAGUGAACCAGAUCAUGGAGACCAACCUGUGGCUCAAACAGAUCUGGAAUGACUACAAGCUGAAGUGGAAUCCCUCCGACUACGGGGGCGUGGAGCUCAUGCGCGUGCCCGCAGAGAAGAUCUGGAAGCCUGACAUUGUGCUGUACAACAACGCUGUUGGGAAUUUCCAGGUGGAUGACAAGACCAAAGCCCUCCUCAAGUACACGGGGGAGGUGACGUGGAUCCCUCCAGCCAUCUUCAAGAGCUCGUGCAAGAUUGACGUGACCUACUUCCCAUUUGAUUACCAAAACUGCACCAUGAAGUUCGGGUCCUGGUCCUACGACAAGGCUAAAAUCGACCUGGUCCUGAUCGGUUCCUCUAUUAACCUCAAGGACUACUGGGAGAGUGGCGAAUGGGCCAUUAUCAAGGCUCCGGGCUACAAGCACGACAUCAAGUACAACUGCUGCGAGGAGAUCUACACCGACAUCACCUACUCCCUGUACAUCCGGCGCCUGCCGCUCUUUUACACCAUCAACCUCAUCAUCCCGUGCCUGCUCAUCUCCUUCCUCACCGUGCUCGUCUUCUACCUGCCGUCCGACUGCGGCGAGAAGGUGACGCUCUGCAUCUCGGUGCUGCUGUCGCUCACAGUCUUCCUGCUGGUCAUCACCGAGACCAUCCCGUCCACCUCGCUGGUCAUCCCGCUCAUCGGCGAGUACCUGCUCUUCACCAUGAUCUUCGUCACCCUAUCCAUCGUCAUCACGGUCUUCGUGCUCAACGUGCACUACCGGACACCCACCACGCACACGAUGCCCACGUGGGUGAAGACCGUCUUCCUGGACCUGCUGCCCAGGGUCAUGUUCAUGACCAGGCCGGCCGGUGGUGAGGGCCACAUCACCAAUCUGAGGCCGCUCUAUGGCGCUGAGCUCUCAAACCUGAACUGCUUCAGCCAGGUGGAGUCCAAGGGCUGCAAGGAAGGCUACCCCUGCCAGGAGGGGACCUGCGGCUACUGCCACCACCGCAGGGUAAAGAUCUCCAACUUCAGUGCCAACCUCACGAGGAGCUCCAGUUCUGAGUCUGUCGAUGCAGUGCUGGCCCUCCCAGCUCUGUCACCAGAAAUCAAAGAGGCCAUCCAGAGUGUCAAGUACAUUGCCGAAAACAUGAAAGCACAGAAUGAAGCCAAAGAGAUUCAGGAUGACUGGAAGUACGUCGCCAUGGUGAUUGAUCGCAUCUUUCUGUGGGUCUUCAUCCUGGUGUGCAUCCUGGGAACAGCGGGGUUGUUUCUCCAACCCUUGAUGGUCAGGGAUGAUGUGUGAGCUCUGUGUGGGGUUUGUCUGAGGCUGUCCUGUGGAGGGAGGGGGGUGUAUCUCAAUAGUGACACACUUGGUUACACGCUGCCAGCUUUAUUUUGCCAUUUCAAGGCUUAUUUUCCAGUUACCUUGGGGCUUUUUUUGGCAAAAAUAACCAUGUAAGAAAAAUGACGAGCAUACUUACUAUAAAUAAAUGAACAUUUAACUAGU